GGCUGUGCUUAACAUGUUGUAAAAAAAAAAAGAACUCCCUUGGUGUGCAUUAUUAUUAGUUUAGUGUUACUUCAUCUCAGGGCUACAACCCUGCUGUGUGCCCGGGUAGCCAUAGAGCUGGUUGAAUGUUUGGCAUCGCAACCAGUUCAAGCUUCUUGUUUGGACGUCGCUUUCUUGCUUUGCAGCUGUCUUCUGGCUGCUUUUUAAAGUGGCAGCCACAGUCCCAAAACUAGCGUGAAGAUUAGAGGAAAACGCUUAAUUCCCUUGUGUUUCUAAUCUGUGGAUUUAACAAGGAAGUGUAACAGAAAUGAGCUCUUUUUAAGUUCACACUCCAGACAUUUAAAAGUGCUUUCAAUAUUGGUUUAAGUCAUAUUUAGUUGCUUCUUUAAGCGGUACGGCUCUCAAACUGUGGCCUGCGCAGUUUGUUUUUCAAUGCGCGGCAAAACAAUUAGUCUGUAUCCUCUGAACUCUGGGAAUAAUGAUUUGUUUGUCUGUGCAAGUUGUGGCCCGGCAGGAGUGUGCAUGUGCGUUUGUGUUUAUGCGCUGUGUGUGUCUGUGUGCGUGUGUGUGUUGCCUGGGGCUGUUCUUCCAACUGUCAGCUGAUAGAGCAGCAGAGGCAGUGUUGGGUUUCAUCAUGCUGUUUAUUCCCCCGUCUUCACUCCGAGCGAAGUCAGGGAGGGGACGCUCUGCUUUGUGUACGUACGUGUGUGUCCACAAGUGUGUGUGUGUGUGUGUGCAUGUUGUGGUGCUGACGUCUCCAGAGUUGAUAUAAGGUACAUAGAGACACGGCAAGUCCCUGCAGGGGGAGAGCAGAGGGGAGCACAUCACCUCCCCUCUGCAGUCUUCCUUCUCUCUCGUCUCUCCAUUUGUUCGUCUUUUCACCUCCCCUUCACAGCCUAAAGUCUCUCUUGUGAAUUCAGUCAGCUGCCUCAGAAUCAAAGAAUAAUAAGAAACAACAACGGGCUGUUUGUGUGUUCCUACUUUCCUUCCCAGUUUGUUUCUUCUCUGUCGCUCUCUUCUGGUCCCUCUUUAACCUCCAGUCACAUAUUGUGACACCGACUGUCAAAGACAGAUGACCCGAGCUUGGCAUGUGUGUUUAUAUAUGUGAGUGUGUGUGUGUCUGCGAGAAGUGGGAAGGUCUGCCUCUAACCUGAUGCUAUUAAUACCACCUAAUGAACAUAAUCUGGAGGGUAGGUUAUCCUCUUACGUUUGUUGGCUGGAUGACUGAGGGGAGGAGCAGAGGGCUAGCGAAAGAGGAGGGAAAAGCUGUGCUGUAGUUUCACACUGAGUGCGCUGUCUCUACCGAGCUGCAGUUCCUUCUCUCUCCCCCGACCGAGAGAAUGGGAGAAACAGAAAGCUAAACAGAUGUUUAAAGUUUCGUUUCUCAUCCAAGCUUGUCCCCCUCUAUAUUGUCCCUCCUCUGUCUCUCUUGAUGUGCUGUACCAGAGGGCAGUGCUCUAGAGUGCAUUGUUGUCCUUGAGUGUAUAUAUAAAUACUGGAUAUACCUGUUGGCACUCGUAUAGGAUUAAUACACAACUUGCGACGUAUAAACACUGGAAGUCUCCCUCAUAUUUUCUCCAGUUAUGAACUCUCUACCAGCUUACUCAGGAGCCAGAAUAUCUGGUUGUUGGACUCUAAGAUCCGAUGGCAGUGGAGGUGAAGGAUCACUGGACCGCCUUCUCCCCUCAGUAAGCACAGGGCUUUCACCCAGGAAAAGGACCACCAGCCAGUGUAAGUCUGAGCCACCUCUGCUACGGACUUCCAAACGAACCAUCUACACUGCUGGUCGCCCACCCUGGUACAACGAACAUGGAACUCAGUCCAAAGAGGCCUUCGUGAUUGGUCUGUGUGGCGGCAGCGCUUCAGGAAAAACAACUGUGGCCAGGAAAAUAAUUGAAGCUCUGGAUGUUCCAUGGGUUGUACUGCUUUCAAUGGACUCUUUUUACAAGGUCCUGUCUCAAGAACAGCAGAUCCUGGCUGCCAGUAAUGACUACAACUUCGACCACCCUGAUGCCUUCGACUUUGAUUUGCUGACACACACCUUACGCAAACUCAAACAGGGCAAGAGUGUGAAAAUCCCUGUGUAUGACUUUACAACUCAUGGAAGACAGAAGGAGUGGAAAACCGUGUAUGGAGCCAGUGUUAUCAUCUUUGAGGGGAUCAUGGCCUUCGCAGAUAAAGAGCUGUUGCAGCUGCUGGACAUGAAGAUCUUUGUGGACACAGACUCUGACAUCCGUUUGGUGCGUCGACUGAGGAGGGACAUUACAGAAAGGGGCCGAGAUAUUGAGGGCGUCAUCAAACAGUACAACAAGUUUGUCAAGCCAGCCUUUGAGCAGUACAUCGAGCCCACCAUGCGCCUGGCCGACAUUGUGGUGCCUCGUGGUGGCGGCAACAUGGUUGCGAUAGAUCUGAUUGUGCAGCAUGUUCACAGUCAGCUGGAGGAGAGGAAACUUCGCUGGGAUAUGGCAGCCCUGGCUUCGGCACACCAGGCCCAACCCCUCCCCCAAACCCUCAGCGUUCUGGAGAGCACACCCCAAGUCAGGGGCAUGCACACCAUCAUCAGAAACAAGGAAACCAGCCGUGAUGAGUUCAUCUUCUACUCCAAGAGGUUGAUGCGUCUGUUGAUCGAGCGAGCCCUGUCCUUCCUCCCCUCACAGGUCCACAUAGUUCAGACCCCCCAGGGAGAGGAUUAUGAAGGCAGGACUUUCCACGGGAAGAGGAUCACAGGCGUGUCCAUCCUGAGAGCCGGGGAGACCAUGGAGCCGGCCCUGAGGGCUGUCUGCAAAGACGUUCGCAUCGGAAAGAUCCUCAUCCAGACCAACCAGGACACAGGAGAGCCAGAGCUUCAUUACCUGCGUCUACCGAAAGACAUCAGUGAAGAUCAUGUGAUUCUGAUGGACUGCACGGUGUCCACCGGGGCAGCUGCCAUGAUGGCUGUACGGGUCUUACUGGAUCACGACGUUCAGGAGGACAAGAUCCUGCUGGUUUCUUUGCUCAUGGCUGAAAUGGGAGUCCACUCAGUGGCCUACGCAUUCCCACAGGUCAAAAUCAUCACCACAGCUGUUGACAAGAAGGUCAAUGAUCUCUUUCACAUCAUACCUGGAAUAGGAAACUUCGGGGAUCGAUACUUUGGAACAGAUGCACCCCCUGACUGGAGUGAUGAAGAGAUGGAUGAGCCCAGCUACUGAUGAAAUUACUGUUGGUGCACUUACCUUAUUGGGUGAUUCAGGACCGUGGCCCUGAGUGGACAAUAUGAGGACAUUCUCUUUGUCUCUGCCUGGCUAUAACAUUCAUCCUUCAAGAUUGCCUUGAAACUGAAAACAGGAGAAAACAUCUCUAAUGUCGCCUCCGGUUAAAUUUUAAAUUAAAUUAUUUUGUCUCGUGUAAAUGCUGUCAAGGAGAGCUGUGUUAUAAUGUCAGAAAAAUAUUUUUUAUUUGUACAGUAUGUUUUUAAGUCAUGUUUUAUUUCUGCGCUUUAAUUGUGACAAUCUAUUGAAAUUUGCCGGCGUGUUGUUUUGAAAAGAUUUAUCGAGCCUUAAGCCGUGUACUGUGGACGACACAACUGAAUGUGAAUUUGCACGUGACGGAAAAGAAGUAAAAGUCAAGCUUUUAAGGUUAUUCUUUACCAAAUACCUUCCUCACAACUUUGACGAAACUAAAAUCGGAACAUGAACUCAUGUUGCUCAACUACCAUCGCCAUGAGCGCUUUCUGAAGGACCAUUCAAUCGGAAAAUGUGUAGGUGUACAUCUGUCUUUUCUUUUCUUUUUUUUAGCUCUCUGGUUCACUCUUUUCCUUCAGCGUGGAUGCUGACCUAACCAGUUUAAAAGGAUGUUGAAAACUGUUUUUCAUUAUACAGCUUUAAGUAUGUGCUUGUGCUGUAUAUUUAUGCAGAAUAUCCUUCAUUUACAUACCUGUACUCUGCAUAGACCUGACCAGUCGGCCGGCAAGUCCUGCAUCUUUUUGUUGCUGCAGAAAUGGGUCAUGUGCAUUUAACAAACACAGAUUAAGUGUUUGUUUUCGGUCUCACAUGUCCUGAUUUAUGCUUCUGUUUUUCAUGCAGUAGAAUGGGAGUGUUUCUUUUUUGUUGUUGUUGUUUUUGUUUUUUUUAAAAAAGGGCUGUUUAGUUGCAGACACAAACUCAAAAUAUCCACAGGUCAGAGUGUGUUCUGAUCGUUCCCGCUCUUUUUACGUGGCGGCAACAUUGAAAUGAAUGUGAUACAUCUGUUAAAGCUCGUGCCUAUUUGAGAUUGCCUUGUUCUUUGUCGGAAAAUGUUUGCCAGACACAAGGUUGCACUCCACAAUAUUCAUCCUCGUCAGUAUUUCAACUCAUGAGACAAGUUGCUUCUAAAGUUCACUUUGAUAUCAGGAUAUAUUCUUUUCUACGAGUUCACAGCUAGUUAUUGUAUGUUUUUUUUGGUUUUUUUUGAGAAAAGGAAAUGCACAUCAUUAAGGGGAAAAAACAGUCAGUUUGUAAUGGAAAUCGCUGCAUCCUGUCAUUACUUUUAGUCACCUGUUACUGUAGAGUCACUGCUGGAUUCAGUGGUGAGGAAGUCAUUCUGUGCAGAAAUCCACUGAUUGUGUUUGCAGCCUCAUUGUUUGACUUCAUGCUCCUUUUGGCUUCACCAAUUCUGCAUGUUUUUUUAUAUAUAUAUUUAAUAAAAAGUGCAAUAGAGAUUUUAAUUUGCUCAUGGUGAAUAGUUUCAUUUAUGUUAACUGUCAAUUUAACAACCUACUGUGCUGCCAGUUAUCUGAAAAUACCCUUCAGUCAAGGUAAUUAAAAUACACCUCUAAGCACAUGGAGUAAGCUUCUCACCAUGUCUGAAUAAUCCGCAUAUAUUUUAUUUUUUUUUAAUCAAACAUUUCAAGACAGAAAGAUGCAUUACCUACACUGUAAAAAUGAACAGGAAGGAUAUUGUGGUUGUCCUCUUUUCAUGGAAAGUAACCUUGAUAUCUUCCAUCACUUUCCAUAAUUAUCACUCUGACAGCUGUCAAGACGUCAGCCACGGUAAAGUGUGAUUGACGCGCAUUUCACGAGGCUGAUGGACAAUUAGACAACAGUGGCCUGUUGGGCAGAUAUUGACACACAAGAGGCAUCGUCUUCUGAGCGAGGAGGUGUGAGAAGGACGGUCAAAAGACGAGCAAGAGCUAAGAAUAUCAGGAAACUCAGCGGCGCCGUUUUUAGUCUUGUUCUGCUCUUCUGUGUGCAGCUGUCAAUAAAUUUGAAAGGUUUCAAUUUUUCUGCCAAAGAUGAAGCUGUUUUUGUUUUGUUUUUUUUACUAAAAUGUUGAAUUGAUUGUGUUAAAUUUGCAAUAAAUUGAAAAGUUUCCCUGCUAUACUUUUA